AUGCUCUCCUGCCACCCUCUUCGGAGUCAGAGCUCCCCAGUCCGGCACCCCAAUGACGACCGUGCGAUGAUCCACCCAUUGUCCAGGAUUGUAUUUCAGUCACGUGAGAAAUGGCGGUGUUUUCGGAGAAGCGACGCCGCUCCCCGGCCGACACCGGGGUGGACUACGAAGGCGCCGGAGCCGUUGAUUGGACACCACAGCCGGCGUGACUGUGGCUACCGCGCGUCCAGCACAAGAUCACGUGAUCUCCGCUGUCGCCCAGCCGCCGCCGCGGGUCUCCACCCAGUCCCACUGGCCUCUUUGCCUUCCGCCGGUCUCGAUGAGAUCCGUUCACGGGCCGAUGGAGAGACUCCGGACGGUGCUCGACCCCAGGGUGGAUCAUUCUGCAGUUCGCACAGCUCCUGA